CCAUUCUCAGGAGGAGGGAAGUAAAGAAGCUUCUUGAAUUUGUUAAAAGUUUCGUCUUCGAUCUUUCUCAUUAACGUCUGGAUCUCUCAUCUCUCUCAAAAACUAAAAGAAGCAGACAUGUUAGAGAAAAUUGGUUUACCAGCAAAACCAUCUUUGCGAGGAAAUACUUGGGUCGUCGACGCAUCUCACUGUCAAGGUUGUUCCUCGCAAUUCAGUUUCAUCAAUAGAAAGCAUCACUGCCGCAGAUGUGGAGGCAUAUUUUGUGGGAGUUGCACCCAGCAGAGAAUGCUAUUACGUGGGCAAGGAGAUUCUCCAGUGCGUAUAUGUGACCCCUGUAAGAAACUCGAAGAGGCAGCACGGUUUGAAAUGCGAAAUGGGCACAAAAAUAAAGGUGGAUCAAAGUUGACACCAAAAAAUGAGGCUGAGGUAUUAAAUGAAAUUCUAGGUGUUGAUAGCAAGCGGUCCUUAGCAUCGACCGACCCCCAAAGGGCGAUAACCUAUGCUUCUGGUUCAAGCUCCCAGAGGGACUCCUUACAUGCAGAUGCAGAAGGUGAUAUCCUGAGGAGUCUUUCUGUUGGCACACAGAAUGAGUCCUUAGAUGAAAUGGGUGCAAGUCCGGAUGAGUUGCAUCAACAGGCCUUGGAAGAGAAAAAUAAAUAUCGUAUUCUCAAAGGGGAAGGAAAACCUGGUGAGGCUCUAAAAGCCUACAAGAGAGGAAAGGAACUGGAGAGGCAGGCUGGGGCACUAGAAGUGGCACUAAGAAAGAAUCGGAGAAGGGCAAUGACUUCAACCAGCUCUGGUGGGGCAAAGAAAAACAAUGACGAAGCUGAAAUGCCUGGAAAAAGGAGUAAGCUUUCCUCCCAAGUGGGUGGAGCUAAAGAUGAUCUUGCAGCUGAACUGAAAGAACUGGGAUGGACUGAUGAAGAUGUCCAUGAAACUAAUAAGAAGCCUGCAAAAAUGACAUUGGAGGGCGAACUGUCUAGUCUUAUUGGAGAGGUUCAUAAAAGCUCUAGUUCAGGUAAGGGAGCUGGUAGCAUCGAUAAAAGCCAGGUCAUUGCUCACAAGAAAAAAGCUCUGGUGUUGAAGCGGGAAGGUAAACUUGCAGAAGCUAAGGAAGAACUUAAGAAAGCCAAAGUUCUUGAAAAGCAAUUAGAAGAACAUGAAUUGUUGGCUGGUGCGGAAGAUUCCGACGAUGAACUCUCUGCUCUCAUUCGCAAUAUGGAUGAUGAUAAAUCUGAAGAUGUAUUGAUGCAGUAUGAUAAGGAUACUUUCCUAGACUUUCAACCCCUUGUGAAUUUUUCUGAUGAUUAUGGUCUUGAUGGUAACAUUGAUGUGAUGGAUGAGGAUAUGAAUGACCCAGAGAUGGCACUGGCACUGAAAUCACUAGGUUGGGAUGAAGAUUCUGAUUACCCAGAGGAAAGUUUGCCAGAAGCUGUUCCACUGGAUAGAGAAUCAUUAUUGGAGGAAAUUCGGUCACUUAAAAGAGAAGCUCUUACUCAAAAACGAGCAGGUAAUGUUGCAGAAGCAAUGGCACAGCUUAAGAAAGCAAAGCUACUUGAGAAGGACAUGGAAGAUAUGCAGUCUCAAGAAAACGCUUCUUUCCCCCGCAAUUCUAUGACUCAGAAGGUUUCGAGUUCUCAAAGAGAUGAAAGAUCCUCUAACUUGAGUAAUUUUGCUGAUGAAUCUGUAACGCCGCUGAAAAGCACAGAAUCCAAAGUGCCACAAAAAAGUAAACUCAUGAUCCAAAGAGAGCUUUUGGCUCUGAAAAAGAAAGCACUUGCUCUGAGAAGAGAAGGACGAGUCGACGAGGCAGAAGAGGAGUUGAGAAAAGGAAGUGUUCUUGAACGUCAACUUGAAGAGAUGGAGAAUACUUCAAAAGCGAGAACCUAUAAUGUCAUCAGUAAAGACUCCGCGUUAAAAGAGGGAAAUGCAGAGGUUCCUGGCACCUUUCCUAGUGGGGAGGAGGAAGAUGAGACCGAAGUGACAGAACAAGAUAUGCGUGAUCCAGCAUUACUCUCACUGCUUUCAAAUUUGGGAUGGGACGAAGACGGAGAACCUGCAAGCUUGGCACCAAAACCUAAGCAAACUAGGGUUGAUUCAGAGAAUGUUAGUGGUUCAGCUAGGACUGAAGCUCCGGUAGUUACAGCUGUAAGACCACGGAGAAGUAAAGCUGAAAUGCAAAGGGAACUUCUAGGCUUGAAAAGGAAGGCUCUCACUCUGAGGCGCCAAGGAGAAUCUGAUGAAGCCGACGAAGUGCUUGACAAGGCAAAAGUAUUAGAGGCCCAAAUUGCAGAAAUGGAAGUCCCCAAAAAAGAGAUGGAGCUUAACACUAAGAUGGAUGCUCAAUUUGAUGGUCUUGUACCCAUGAUAUCUCAAAAUACUCAUGGGAGUAUUGAACCAGUGGAAGAUGUAAGAAGAGGUGUGGCUGAGUUGUCAGUCAGUUCAAGCAAUGAAGUAGCUGAAGCAACUUCAAGGACAUUGGCCGUCUCAUUUUCAGACCGGUAUCAGCUCCCUGAAUAUGAUGUGAACCAUUCUGUAGAAAAUUUGAUUCAAUCAGCUGAUGAAAGAAUCUCUGAACAUGAUGGAAAAUUGCCUCCAUCAGUAAACAUGGUGGAUUUAUCGACUGCAGUUAGCUCGAAAAGUUCUCUUGGUGAUCCCAGUAACAAUACUGGAAAUGAAAGUAAUUCUAGCGAUGAACUUGGAAUUAAAUAUGACAAUCUAUCUGAAAAUCAAAACAAAUCAGUACCCCUUGCUAAGACAGUACCAACCUACAAAGCAACCAUUGGGUCAGGGUCGGAAUCUUUCAGUGACCAAACUGCUCUUCGACAAGAAGUACUGGCUCGUAAGAAAAAGGCAGUUGCUCUGAAGAAAGAAGGGAAAUUGGUAGAAGCUCGAGAGGAGCUACGACAGGCCAAACUCUUGGAGAAGAAACUAGUAGAUAACUCUCAACCCAGUGAAAAUCCCACUGAUAGAUCUGUUUCUACUUCCAAAAUUUCAACCGCGGUGCAAGAAGAGCAGAAAAGUACCACCACACCUCCCAAACAAAUUUCAAGUCGAGAUCGCUUCAAGUUGCAGCAAGAGUCCCUUGCUCACAAACGGCAAGCAAUGAAGCUACGAAGGGAAGGCCGGACGGAAGAAGCUGAAGCAGAGUUGGAAUUGGCCAAGGCCCUGGAAGCUCAACUGGAAGAACAUGACUCACAGAACACUAGUAAAUCAGAAGCAAUGGAUGGUGUGGUUGUUGAGGAUCUUCUUGAUCCUCAACUUUUAUCAGCCCUAAAAGCAAUUGGACUCGGUACUGAAGUUGUUGCGCCAAGACGCCAGGAGAAAUCAGAGCCUGCAAAAGCAAGCCCUGAAAAGGGUGAAAACUCGAGCCAAGAGAGAAGUCUACUGGAAGAAAAGAUCAAGGCUGAGAAGGUAAAGGCCCUAAACUUCAAACGAGCGGGGAAGCAAGCAGAAGCCUUGGCUUCACUUCGGCAGGCUAAACUGUUUGAGAAGAAGUUGAGCUCCUUGCCUCCACGGUGAAACACCAAUGAAGCAGAUUGUAAGUUGGACUCUUAAAUGAUGUUGACGAGAUUACUUUCCAAAUGUACUUCUGAGAGAGGGGCGGGGUUUCUUGCCUGCAAUUACCACCUAAUGCAUUGGAGCUAGAUUCCAGCUUGAGCUGGUUCAUUGUGAUUGUUCUAUUUGUAUCUUUUUGUUUCAUGUAAAUUUUGGAUAGCAUAAUAUCUUGAUUUUACUGGUAAACUUUUGGAUAGCAUAAUAGCAAAUGCUAUCAUCUUGUAAAUUACUGUGUGAAAUAAACUAAUGACAGGUAAACUAAUAUUUUAUCAUUUUUAGGCCA